CCGCUGGAAGCCUACAGGCAGGAGUUGAGGGCAUGCCCUCUCUCCUGCUGUUACUCCCCUGCAACUGCAGCCAGAGAGGUGAUGGGCUUUGCCUUUUAAAAAGACAGGUGGUCUUCACCUCAAAUGGUACACAACCGGGUAAGGUUCUGUGGAUCUCAGAUGUUUACAGAGAAAGCAAGACUACAAGAGACUGAUGAGAUUCCUAAAUCCAUUUGCUUUUGGGAAAACUGUCCAGAGAAUUUGAAACCAGACCCAUCAUUCCUCCUUGUAACUUGGAGCAAACCUCUACUGAAAGGACCUGAGGAGAGAUCCAUUCCCACCAUCCCAUUCGGAGACCUUCCAAAAGGCUCAUUUGAAAACAGUAUCAGACCUUUGAUUGUUUCCUUCUACCCAAUUCUCUAUAACUUGCUGAAGAAUGGAGCACGAUUUCUCUUUCCCUGUAUGCCGAUACAGUUUUGUAUGUCAUGGUCCAUCUUCCUUGUCUGAAUUUCAUCUACUGUAUUUUCCAUCAUCAGUGAAGCAGCGUUUCAUCAUUCCUUCCAGAACAAUAAUUAGUGCUUCUGGCGUACCAUGGAGCAAAGGAACCAAACUUCUGAAUUUGUCCUACAGGAGCUUUUCAACCAGACGGAGCAUGAAGGCAUCAUCUUCUCCAUCCUCCUCUCCAUGUAUUUGCUGAAUCUGCUGGGCAACCUGCUUACUGCCCUUUUGAUCCGCUGCAAUGCCCGACUCUUCCGCACGCCCAUGUACUUCUUCCUCAGCUACCUCUCUCUGGCUGAUGUGGGGUUUGCCUCCUCCACUGUCCCCAUGACGCUGCGCAAUCUGGUUUCUCAGAACAAGGUCAUAUCUUAUGCGGGCUGCUUGUCUCAGAUGUAUUUUUUCUUGCUGUUUGGUAACUGUAACAACUUCCUGUUUGCUGCCAUGGCUUAUGACCGCUACCUGGCCAUUUGCCGCCCACUGCACUACACUGCCUUAAUGAACCAGAAGCACUGCUUCCUUGUGGUUGCUGGGUGUUGGUUCCUGGCCUUUCUCCACUCCAUGCUGUACACCCUGAUGCUGUCCUGUCACUCUUUUUGUGCAUCUCAAGAGAUCUCCCAUUUUUUCUGUGACCUCUACCCAAUGCUGGAGAUCUCCUGCUCAGACAUAACCUCACUAAAGCUGAUAGCAAUGACGGAAGGCAUGCUUGAUAUCCUAGGGCCAUUUGUAUUAGUUGUGAUCUCCUAUGCACACAUCUUCCUUACGGUAAUGAAGACUCCCUCCACUAAAGGCAAACUCAAGGCCCUCUCCACAUGUGGUUCACACCUUACUGUUGUCGUUUUGUUCUAUGGCAACCUCUGCUGGGUCUAUUUAAGGCCUACCUCUAGCAAGUCUAACCAGAACAACCUGGCUUCUCUCAUGUACACUGUGGUCACCCCUAUGUUGAACCCCUUCAUCUACAGCCUGAGGAAUAGUGAAAUGAAAGGUGCACUGAGGAGACUUGUUGGCAGGAUGCAAGUCUCUCAGAAGAAUUGGAAAUAGGUCAGGUGUAAUGUAAUGUAGUGUGGUGGUGGAUGGACUGGGACCAAGCUCUACAGCAUAUAGAUAAGAGAAGACUAGAGUGGAGUCACAUGCAGCCUCAGCUUCCACUCUUAAACUCAACAGCCACUUCCUGGAUUCUGUGUGCAGAGGUCUCACUCUGUUCUUUGGCAACCCUGUGGUGAGAGUUGUCUUCACCUCGCACUGGAAACUGAGUGCCAGUCAGUUCAGUUUAAUACCAGAUGUGCCAGGGGACUGCAAUGAGACUGUAUCCCUUUGCUUAAAGGAAGAUUUCCCUCAGGUAUAAUUGGAAGAACUGGUAGAAGGAACCUUUCUGGCAACUCCCUCCCUUUCAGCGACACUCAUUUACACAUGUACUCUUACUCCCUGUCUUCUCAUGCAUCCAUUCUGCCCACAAGAAAGAAGAGCACACUUGGGUUGCCAGCUUUUCAACUAACACUGUAGUUUUGCCUGGGUGCUUUCCAGAUUGCAAGCCUUACACCGCAAAAAGCAGUGCAAACUGCAACGUUUUGUGGAGCCGAAUUCAAACUGCAUUAGAGAUCUGUUGUUAUGGCAUAAGCCUCCUACAACAGGCAAAUACAGCUGCUUUUUUUCUUUUUCUUUUCUUCUUUUUGCAACGCAGAUGUGACAUUAUAGGGCUGUGACGCAGCAAUAAAAUCUGAAAGAAGGUGUCAGAAAUAUGAAUGGCACUUCCUUACAACACAGGGGCUGCUAUGUCAAAACCCAGGCAAUACGGAAGCACAUUUAAAGGACCAGUUGCUACACUGUGAUAGCGUUCAAACUGGAAAGCGCCCUGUAGUGGCAACUUGAUGAUGUAUUUUUUAUUUUAACACACUAUAUUUCAUCUUUAUUUCUAAUCCAAGAUCACUUGCAGCAAUAGAAAUAUACCAUUAAAACAUAUACAAUCAUAAAAUGAGUUAUAGUUGAUAGCAAGAGGUAAUACUUGCCUCCAUUCUGUGAAAAACUUGCUGAUAUUUGCACAUCAAAUGGCUGUUAAAUAAAUGUAAUUGAUAGUGAAAAGUAUCAAUAGGAAGGAGUUGAUAGUGAAAACCUUGCUGUAGAUAGCCAGUCUCUUGCUCCAUUUUACAACUAUAAGAAAGUAGCUGAAAUAAGUUCUACAUUUUUAUUUAUUUAUAUUUUUCAUAUGCACGUUAAU